AGGAGACCAAAAGCUUGAGCAGUUGCAUUAAACGUGCUCCGGUCUCCCCCAACUAACUCCUCGCUUUGGUCGAGUGGCUCCAUAUAUAAGCUAAGGCCAUUCGGACCUUCGGGACCACUUGACCGUCGUCCGAGUGCCAAUAUAACGUCGUCCCGUGUUCUCCGCAUAGAAGUGCGCCAUGUCUCGCGAGGCUGUUUUACUAGCUGCUUUCUUGACAAUCGCCGAAGGAGGCAUUAUAGCAUCUCCACUGGCUAAUGUUAUAGUAGACAGCGAGUACAGCCACCAUGAGCCUCACUACACCUACGGCUAUGACGUCAACGACGUCUUGACAGGCGACAGCAAGAGUCAAGUGGAGACGAGGCACGGCGACGUUGUUAAAGGUUCCUAUUCCCUGAAUGAGCCAGAUGGUACACGUCGCAUCGUUGAUUAUGUCGCUGACCCGAUCAAUGGCUUCAAUGCAAUAGUUAGGAAAGCUCCCAUAGUCCAUGCAGCCUUGGUAGCAACACACGCAGCGACUGUGCCACACAAAACCGUGUCGCGUCAAGAAGCCAAGAAAGUAACUACCAGCAUUUCCCAUGAGGGAGACCUUGCUACAGGAGUGGCUGCCACUAAGACCUCGUUAUCUUCCUCCCAUCAAGUGGAUACGUCAAUCUCAGACAAUACCAUCGGUGGAAAUGAGCUAAUUCGACUAAACGCAGCAGCUCCCGUAGUGACCCACACAGCUCCGUUGCACCAUAGCUCGGUGAUGGAAACUUCUUCUAGUGUGGUACACAGUGCACCGGUGGCUGUCGCACACUAUUCUUCUCCUUACGGUUUGGCAGCUUAUUCGAAUCCCUACUACGCUUACAGGCUCUUCAAUCCUGCGUUUUUCCCUCACUACUCCAGGGCAUACUAUCACCGUUACUGAACAAGAAUGCUCACUUUAUUAUUAUAGGUUCUUUAUUUAUUUAAUAAAAUGAAUAAAUCAUUCAUCUUU